CUAGAGAGACUUCUCAUGAACAAAAAGAACAGGAAGGGAAAUUUGCUGUGAUCACGCACAUGUUAUUUACUCUGUUGAUCGGGGGAACUUUCCGAAACUUGUUUCAUCCCCCAAACACUUCUGGAUUUACGCCGCACGUCUAUUACGGUCGACUUUGCCAGUGACUUUGACCGCUUGGGUCUGUCAAGUUAACGUAGCGGGGGAUCUGCGUUACGGAGAGUCCGCUCUAUUUGAAGGGAUUCACGCAUGUCUGGAUAUUAACUUCCCUUGUUAAUUUGAGAACUGUCUCUGAGGAAGACCGUGGAUGUUAUUGUGUUCGUGUUUUUGAACAUUUUGUACCAACUAAUACAGCAGAAGCGUCAACAUGUUGAGUAACACUGGAGUCUAUGCUGUCAAGAAGCGGAAGAAGCCCGUUCAAAAAACCAAGAAAACUCCUGCUCCAGAUGUGGUCAAGUCGAACCCAUCCAAACGCCACCGGGAUCGGCUGAACGGGGAGCUGGACAGGCUGACAGGCCUCCUACCAUUCCCUGAGGAUGUGCGCUCUCGCCUGGACAAACUCUCCGUGCUCCGCAUCAGUGUCGGCUACCUGAAGGUGAAGAGCUUCUUCAAAGCAACCAUGAAGAAAAGCAGUGUCCUGUUUCCUGGGGGGGAUGGCCUGAACAUGAAUGGGAUGAACGCCCCAACCUUCUCCGAGGGGGACCUACUUCUCCAGGCUCUGAAUGGCUUUGUGCUGGUGGUCACAGCUGAGGGACAUGUGUUCUGCUCUCCUACUAUCCAAGACUACCUGGGCUUCCAUCAGUCAGAUGUGGUCCACCAGAGUGUGUUUGAGCUGAUCCACACAGACGACAGAGCCACGUUCAGACGACAGCUACACUUUGCCCUCAACCCCAAGCCCUUUGACCCAGAGCAGGGAGGAGACGGCAUGGCAAGCAGCAGUGACAUCACCAGGAACAUCGUGACCUAUAACCCUGAGCAGCUCCCACCAGAAAACUCCUCCUUCCUGGAGAGGAACUUCGUGUGUCGCUUCCGCUGCCUCCUGGACAACUCCUCUGGCUUCCUGGCUCUGAACUUCCAGGGGCGUCUGAAGUUCCUCCAUGGCCAGAGCAUGCUGGGGGAUGACGGGAUGCGCAGCCAGCCCAGGUUGGGCCUGUUCACCAUCGCCACCCCUGUCCACACCCCGUCCAUCCUGGAGAUCAGAACCAAGACAAUCUUCUUCCAGACCAAACACAAGCUGGACUUCACCCCCACGGGUGUCGAUGCCAGGGGGAAGGUUGUCCUGGGAUACUCAGAGAUUGAGUUGUGUAUGAGAGGCUCUGGGUAUCAGUUCAUCCACGCAGCUGAUAUGAUGUACUGUGCAGAUAGCCAUGUCAGAAUGAUUAAGACGGGAGAGAGUGGUCUGACCACGUUCAGACUGCUGCAAAAGACUGGGUGCUGGGUCUGGGUCCAGGCCAAUGCCAGGCUUGUCUACAAAGGAGGAAGGCCCGACUUCAUCAUUGCUCGCCAGAGAGCUUUACUUAAUUCUGAGGGAGAGGAGAAUCUACGCCAGAGGAAGAUGCAGCUGCCCUUCAGCUUCACCACUGGGGAGGCCCUGCUGUAUGAGACUGGCCCCACUCUGGAUGCCACUGAGUUCCAAACCAACCCCCCAAAAAUCUGCAAGGUGGAGUCUCUGGACCCCCAGUCUCUACUGGGCUCUUUACUAAAGCAGGAUGAAUCCGUCUACACCCGGCCCCAGGAGCCUCAGCUACCCAUAGACCAGGUAUUCAUGGACAGCCGAGCGCUCACCAACGUGGCCUGUAACUCCUGGCAGAGUAGCAUGGAGCCCCAGGGGCCCGACGGGGAUGAUGAUGGGGAUAGCCCCAGGGAGGUCAAGCAGGAUGGGGCGUUGGUAGCCAUGAUCGAUGCCCUGGAGAAGAUGGCGCAGGAUGGGGACCUGUGUGCGGCGCUGCAGGGGAUGGACGUGGGUAUGGCGGAGCUGAUGGAGUGGGAGAGCACCCUUCUCAGGCUGAGCCAGGACUCCAACGGGACCGGGAGCGGGGACACCUCCCUAGAGCUGGAUGACAUCAUGACCAACGACAUCUUCUCUUACGUGGAGGAAGCCUUGUUCAAGGAGAGCAGUGAGGGGAGCGGAGGGGAGCUCAACUGCUCCACCAUGGUCAACAACAACCCUAACCUGUUCACAGGGGUGCUCGACAACAAAAACCAGGGUAGACCAUUCACAGGAGUGGUCAGCCCUACAUGUGCCGGACAGUGCAAGCCCGGGUUGCUUGACAAAUUCAGCUUUGUCCAAAAUGGCUCCCCAGUGAAUGAUCUAAAUGGUAUCAGCCACAGUCAGGUAACAGGCAACAGAGCAGUUGGUUUGGUAGGACAGAACCAGGCAGGACAGAUCCAGGCAGGACAGAUCCAGGCAGGACAGAUCCAGGCAGGACAGAACCAGGCAGGACAGAUCCAGGCAGGACCACAGCAGGUGUUCAAGAGCACCCAGAGGCUCUCCCACUUCGACCCCCAGAUCCCCCAGAUUCCUCAGACGGGCCUGAACAUCCCCAUCCUGCAGCAGCUACAGCUCAACGACAUCUUCACCCCCUCUCUGGAGCUCCCCGAGCUCAGUAACCCACAUAGCUCAGGCCAGAAUGAGUCUGUCACGUUUAGCACUUGCAUGGCUGGAUCCUGUGCUCAGGCACCAAACAACCACAUGGGAAGCCCUCAGAUCAUCGCUGGCCAGGUCCAAUCUAACCAGCCACUUCCACAGCGUUUCCCUCAUAAUGGCUUGCCAGCUGCAAUGGCACCAAACGGACCAGAGGAGAUCUCUGUUCCACAGUCCAACCAUCUACCACCUAUUCUGGUGGAUGCUUGGGCAUCUUUGAAUCCCAGUAAUGACUUUGUUUCACCCCAGAUUGUCUGCAGUGCACCAUUUCAGUCACUAAAAACACAGAAAGUGCAGCAGUGGCCCCAGAACCAGCAGCAUCAGCUACCACCCCCUGCCAGCACAAUGAAGAAUGGACACCAAUUCAUCCCAGACUGUCACAGUCAAGCCACAGAGACCCAAAGAGUCCCUCUCACAGGCCUUUGGCCACAGAACACCAACGGACCGUACCACCAACCCCAGCAGGGGGGAUUGGCCAAUGGCCAGCCUGCUCCAUCCGGUAGCUGCAUGUUUGAGAACGUCUCACCCCCCCUCCCCAACAGGAACAGCCACGUGGAUUGCACCAGGCUGCCCCCACCGUUGUCUGUAUGCCAGAAUAGGAUGGUGGACCCCCACGACCAGAGCUACUUCCAGUGGGGCCCCAGUGAGCCGGUGGUGGACACGUCAGCCAUCGUCCAGGACAACGCCGGAAUCAGCUUCCCGUCUCGCCCGCUGGUGGCCAACAUCACCACCCCCGAGAGCCUGCUGGCCAUGCAGCAGUACCUUUCUGGAUGCAACAGAGUCGGACAGACACAGAUCCCAAGCCUCUGUGUAGUAGACAGCAAUGGAACAUUCUCCUCACCCCUACUUGUCAAUGGAACAUUCUCCUCAGCCCCCCUUGUCAAUGGAACAUUCUCCUCAGCCCCCCUUGUCAAUGGAACAUUCUCCUCAGCUCCCCUUGUCAAUGGAACCAUGUGCUUUACAGACCACAAUCAAACCAACUAUUGCGACUUCUAAACAUGAGUCACAUGUUACGCUGUAAACAUUAUGGACAAAAAGAGGAGGAAGCCAUCCAUGGAUCUGUUCAUCCAUCCGUACACAUUCAAAGACAACACGCUGCCUUAAGAGCUGCCUCAGGGAGGGUGUCGUGAAGACAAGCCAUCUCCUAGUUAAACACACCAUUCAUCUCCCCAUAUCAGUGUUUGCAGGAAAUACAAGGACUCUUUUGAUGAAGCACUUGUCACUUCUGUCAACAACUGAACAAAAAGCAGCAACUUUACAUGGAACUGGUUUUCUUUUUUCUUUGUGUUGUCUUCUGUUUUGUUUGUUGUUGCCUUGUCUUUGUUUUUAUUACUGUGGAAAAACAGUAUCUGUCACAACUUCAAUGUUAUGAAUGAAGUAUGAAUCCUCACUGGUGAAUUUGGCUUGUGUUAUAAUGGCUUUUCAGGGUCAUGCCCAAUUCCCAAAAUGAUUUAUAUAUAUUAAUGAAGCAGGCCAUAUUCAUUUCUUUUUACGUUUGUUUCUUCUUACAUUAUAGUUGGAUGGUGACAGGACACCAUUCAAGUUUUUACUCGUGGAAAAACAUACAUAAAACUGAUAUUGUACUCAGAGAUUAAAAAUAAAGGCAUAACAUCCUCAAUUUAUGUAUGGAGUGUAGAGUUGCAAAAUUCUGUGAACUUUCGAUAAAAUCCCUAAUUUUCACAAAAUCCCAGUUGGAGAAUUCCUUGAAUCAGGAGGGAAUAAGCAGGAUAUCCAGAAUCCUCCAACCAGGGAAAACCAGGGAAUUUAUUGAAAGUUCCCGGAAUUUUGCAACCCUAAUGAAGUGUAAAUACAGAAAUGGCCUCUAUAUUAUUAUAAAGAUAUUAUUGUUUUGAUUAUGUGAGUGUGUUAUGGCUGUGAUGAAUAUGACUGUGUGUACAUGGGUGUGUUCCUGUUUGUGUUUGCUUGUUCUGAAGAAUGAAUGAAGCAGUGUACAAAUAGACUUUCUGAGGAAAAAGCAACGUAUUUCAUUGAAAUGUCUGCAUUGGUUGCAGAGUAGGCUAUAAAGAACCAAAUUAUGUGCUUUCAGAUUAUACUCCUUGGUAAUGCUUUUGGUAUCCAAAUGUCAUUACAAUUUAACAAUAGUCUGAUGUAGUACGUUUAUAAUGCUAUAUCAAUAGUAUUCAAUCCAUUUUUUGUCGUUUCUUUGUUUUAUCUAAACUUCACUGAGCCAUACGCUAACUUGUGGUCAUUUUGUUACUUGAGUUUUGUGUUCAUAAUAUCAUCUGUGGAGGAAGGUGCAUGUUAAGGAGACUCACGAGACUUACAGUCGCUAGUGAAAGUCGACACACCACUUGCACAGUCUUCACAUUCUGCUACCUUAAAAUCUAAAAAGGGAUUACAUCAGAUCUUUUUUCCUACCGAUCUAAACAAUCUACUCCACAUUUUCAAAGUGAAAGAAAAAUGUAUAAAAAAGAAAUACAAAACAAAGAUGUUUUGAUUGCGUAUGUCUUCGCAGCCGAGGGUUAACACUUGGUGGAAGCCCCCUUUUUUUGGUAAUUCUUCUCUCCCCAAUUUUGUGGUAUCCAAUGUGUAGUUAUAAUCUUGUCUCAUUGCUGCAACUCC